AUGCCUUGUCCCGGGCCACCUUUACCCCCCGGCAUACUCGUCGAUGAAGAGAUCUCGCCAGUAUACAAUUCCAAGUACUUUUACCCCGCGAAGCCUGGAGAGAUACUCGCCAGUCGUUACCAAACCUUGGUCAAGGUUGGUUGGGGCGUAUCUUCAACAGUAUGGCUCGCGCGUGAUUUGCAAGGGAAUACGCAUACAGCAGAGCCUGAGAACGUGGUGGCACUAAAAAUUGCCAAUAACAAUGCGAGUUCCACUGGUCAUGAGCGCGAAGUUGAACAGCAUAUCUCCAUGGUAGACCCAUCACACCGCGGUCGCUCACUUAUCCGAACACUACUAGACUAUUUCGAAGUUAAAGGUCCACAAGGUUUUUAUUCGUGUCUUGUGUAUCCGCCUAUGAGGGAGCCAUUGUCGAUGUAUCAGCGGCGCUUUGACGACGGAAAGAUGCCACUGCCCCUCAUUAAAACAUACAUUCGUGCUCUUCUUACGGGGCUUGAUUAUCUGCACAAAGAAUGCAGGACAGUUCAUACGGAUCUAAAGCUCGAGAAUAUCAUGGUGUCAUUCGAAGAUCCAAGUGUGCUUGCUGAUUUCUUGGAUUCUCACCUUGAAAACCCGAUGGCUUUUAAAAUUGAUUCAGCGGGACGACCAGUGUAUCAGUCCCGUAAUGACUUCGGGCCACUCAAAAGCCUGAGAAGUAUACCACAGCUUGUCGACCUUGGCUUGGCAACUAGACUCGAGGCAGACGACGACUGGGGUGUUUGGCCCAUUCAGCCAGACCACUACCGGGCGCCAGAGGUGAUACUGGGUAAUGGAUGGCAAAUGCCUGCGGAUAUUUGGAAUCUUGGUGUUCUGUUGUGGGAUAUGGUGGAAGGCAAAGAGUUAUUUCGGCAUAUUCAUGAUCAAAAAGGUCGCUACGAUGCUAAAUUACACGUCGCUGAAAUGAUAGCCUUACUCGGUCCACCCCCUCCAGAGGUCAUACAAAGGUAUCAAUACAUGCGAGAGUACUCGUGGCCAAAACCCGUCAGACGAGAAGACGGUAGAGUAUGCGAGACGGCGGAGGAGUACUUCUGCGGGCCAUUCUUUGACAACAAUGGUAUUACUGGCUUUUUUCUCUCGAACGCAUUAUUCUCAGACUCACGAAACAUCUUAGGCCGCUUCCUUUUUGAAGACCAGAUCCCCGACCGCAAAUUAGGCGACACAGCUUCCUUUCUUGAGGAAAAGGAGAGGGAAGGGUUUUUGGAUUUCGCCAAGGGAAUGCUUGUCUGGCAUCCAGAUGCAAGAAAAACGGCAGGCGAAUUGGUCGUGCAUCCUUUUCUUCAACCAAGUCAAACAAGCGCCUGA